CAGGGGAAUGCGCGCUUCUCAGUGAAGGUUCAGUUCGACAUCAUUCUGUCCGCCAACCGAUAGGUGGCGACAACGACACAUAAGGAUCGAAACAAAACACUGCAAGUGUACUGCAAGAUUUUUGAGAAUCAUAUGAAGAUUUUCUACACUUCACUUGACAGUCUGCUUUUCAUUCUUGAUAAAUGAGGGUAUCCGGCAUGGGUGGACACAUAGCAGAUCAUCAUGUGCGAGAAACACCCAGAACGGUUGAUUUCCUCAGAUAAUAGCUUAGCUGCAGCAGCUUUCAGUGUGCAACUGUCAAAAUAAGAAUAAGAACUAUUUAACUCACUGUGUGUAACGUUACAUUCAACUUAUGCAGAACGCAUCUUGAAGGAUGGAUCUUUGACGGGCUUUUAACGUUUAUGUUUGUAUUCAAACUCCUACUCACAAACUGCAACUCUUCCGGAUCUUUGCAGUAGUCUUCAGAAAAGUCUGUCGUGGUGUCCUUGUGAGAGGCUGUCAUCAUGGCAUCAGCCAAGCUGAAGUACCUCUCUCUGGGGAUCCUGGUGUUCCAGACCACGUCCCUGGUGCUCACCAUGCGUUACUCGCGCACCUUGCAGGGCGACGGGCCACGUUACCUGGCCUCCUCUGCCGUGGUGGUGGCCGAGUUCCUCAAGAUCCUCACCUGUGUGGGGCUUGUCUUCAAAGAUCAUAGUUACAGCGGCCGAGCACUGAGCAGUAUUUUGAGACAAGAGAUUCUACACAAGCCUAUAGAGACGCUGAAGCUGGCAAUUCCUUCAGGGAUCUACACGCUACAGAAUAACCUGCUUUAUGUAGCACUGUCCAACCUUGAUGCAGCUACCUACCAGGUGACAUACCAGUUGAAAAUCCUGACCACAGCCCUGUUUUCUGUUUUUAUGUUGGGCCGCAGGCUCGGGGUGUACCAGUGGUUGUCUCUGCUAAUACUUAUGGCCGGCAUUGCACUUGUACAGUGGCCGGCAGACUCCCCAUCAGACCCACAGAAAGAGCAGCUGACUUCAGGCUCACAGUUUGUAGGGCUGGUGGCUGUGUUGGUAGCCUGUUGCUCUAGUGGGUUUGCUGGUGUCUACUUUGAGAAAAUCCUUAAAGAGACCAAGCAGAGUGUUUGGGUCCGAAACAUCCAGCUUGGCAUAUUUGGCCUGGUUUUUGGAAUCUUCGGGAUGUUGGCCUAUGAUGGUGACAGAGUCCAAGAGCACGGAAUGUUUCAGGGCUACAACACACUGACCUGGAUUGUGGUCGCUCUCCAGGCUCUUGGAGGGCUCGUGAUAGCUGCUGUCAUCAAGUAUGCUGACAACAUACUGAAAGGCUUUGCUACAUCACUCUCAAUUAUCCUCUCAACAUUCAUUUCAUAUUUCUGGCUUGAGGAUUUUGAGCCUACCAGUGUGUUCUUCCUGGGCACAGUAUUGGUCAUAAUGGCGACGUUUCUCUAUGGAUAUGAGAGCAAGCCGGCACCCAACCCAAGCAGGGCAUGAAAAGGGGAUGGACGAGGUGAAAGUGGAGUGGAACAAAAGGAUGAAAUGAGUGGAAGGGCAGAGAAGAGAAGGGGAGAGGAGGCGUAGAGAGCAGGAAAAGGAUUGAUACAAGGUUGGAUAACAGGCUGGGCCACUGCUGUGCAGUGCCGAGCUGAAGCACACUGGGAGAAAUGCUCCGGGUCUCUGGUUUCAGUGAAACUCAUGUUUUACGUGAAAAAUAUUAAUUGGCGCUAAUCACAUUAAUGUGUGAUGGAUUAAAAAAACGUGCUAUUUUCAAAUGACACAAAACUUGUUUGGCUUUUCUUGGUCAUUUAAUAUCCGUUCAUCUUCAAGGGGCAAUGGCUGCUUUUGAUUCGCAACAGUGGCCUGCAGUAAUUUGCCACAAAUAAAACUUGAAUCUCGCAGAAACUCUGCAAUGGAUGUUACUGAGGGGGUCGUUGCAUCACUGUAUUUUUGUGUCAUUAUUUUAACUGCAAAUUCUAAAAAAAAAAUUAUGCUAUUUUAAUUGACUGAGUUGCUAGGUUAGUAGAAAUUGAGGGAAUAAGGGAUCUUUUGUGAACAGAAUGUAAACUUUUGAUAUUAUUAUAAUGAAAAUGAUAAUGAUACUUAAGACGAUGCCAGCCAGUUAUUUUACAGAUUACCUCUGUCACCAGGAAACAAAGAAUACUUGAGUUACUCCAUUAUAUAUGCAAGGAAGUGCUGUUUUAGCAACUUUGCACUAUGUGUGAAGCUAUAUUAGUACAUGGUGAGGAGUAAUAAUAAAUCAGGUGUAUAAUUUUUAUUUUUAUUUUUUAACUAUACACACAUUUUCACAAGGGCAGCACAAAAUUGAAAAGAAAAGGCUUGGUAUUUUUCAAAAGGUGUAAAAACAAUGCAUGCAGUCACAGCUUGAAAAAGGCAAUUCAUUUUAAAGGCAAAUAGAUUUUACAGUCAGGACAACUCUAGCUGCCCCAGUCCUUCAGAACACACUGUGACCCUCAAAAUCAAUAAACUCUAUGGUGACCUCUGAA